AUUUAUGGUGAUACCAGACUCUGUGUAAUGGCGUCAUUCAUAACCUGAAAAAGUUGCUUACACAUCGGUUGGAAUUCUGUUCUGGAGAUAAUAGAACAAACCUUAUUUCAAGCAGACAAACAUUGCGCAUAAAAGCUUUCUACUUUACAUUAAAAAUUCUAAUUGUUCGUUCAUUUGCUCACAUAAAGAUUCGCAUCAUAAUGGCUUUUAUUACUUCUAAUAUCCUCGGUAAAAGAAGACAAGAUAUUGCUACUGGAGAACAAGCAAGUCAAGCUGAUCGCACCACAAUGCAAGACAAUCGAAGCCGCUGUCAGUUUAUGGAUUUGAAAGAAGCUAGAAGAAAAACAUUCACACAAGAUAACACCCACAAUGCUCUAUAUCUCUAUUAUGACCAAGGUCUGAGCACAAGAGAAGUAUCUAGGAUACUAAACAUGAGCGUUGGUGCUGUUCAGUUACGAAUCAAUAAAAAUAAGCAUAAAUAUCCUAAUAGACGUAGAAAUGCUGAUAUUACAGAUGAAUUUGUAGAGCGGAUGCGGCAAUUGAUAUUGAAUAAUCCUGACCAAAGGGUUUCUCAUUGUGAAACCCAGUUUACAAAAGUAUAAAUAAAGUGCGUUUGUUUUGAUCCACACUUCAGCUAAAAACUAAAG